GGCGGCGGCGGCGACGCGGGGGCCGGGGCGCGGGGCGCGCGGGUGGCGGGCGGGGGACAGGAUGCGGAUGCCGGGGGGACUUCCUGUGCCGGCCCCGCCGCCCCCGCCCCCGGCCCGCUGCCCGCUGCCCGCUGCCCGCUGCCGGACACACGCUCGGGCGGGCGGGCGAGCCAACGGGACCCCGGCGCGGGCCGCCCCCCGCCCGCCGGCUCCGGGCACCUGUGGCCGCCGGCGGACCCCGGCCGGACCCGGGCGGACACCUCCCCCCGCCCCGGGGAUCUGGGGCCAGACCCCCGCCCCGGCCGGCCCCCAGCCCCCUCCCCAGCCCCCUCCCCUGGCCGCUGACACCAACUUCUGCUCGCGAACUCCGUUCUGCCCCUUUUUUGGCCCAGGGCGACCUCGACGGCCCUGACAGCGACAGGCCCGCCGCCGCAGUGCCCAGAAGGGCCCCCUGUGGCCCAGCGCCUCCCCGGCCCUUUCUGGAUGGAGGCGCCUCGGGAAGGAGCUAGCGGCCUGCACUCUCCCGCCGCUGCGGACCACACCUCCCCUAGCGCAGAGGCCGCUGUGAAGAGCAGGAAAUGCUGCACCAGCACAGCUGCCCCCCCGGGAUCUUGGUCUGAACGCUAGGAUGGAGCUGGGGGCAGCCACUGAGACCUUCGUGCUGGAGCUUCGGUGUCUUGAAGAUGGGGGCCCAGGGCCUGGCACCCUCUCAGGUGGCAGUGGUGGGGGUGAGAAUCAAGAGGAAGAAGAGGCUCAGGAGAAGAACGGCAGCCCACCACGGCCAACAAGCUCAGCCCCGAUGAGGGCCGGGGAACUCGCUGAGGAAGCACAGCCCGGACAGCAGGAGUUGCAACUGCAACAGUCAGAAUGGCAACGAGAGCUGCAGCCAGAGCAGCAAACACAAAGCCAGCCAUCAGGACAGCAGCUAGAAUUGCAGCAGCAAGAUGGGCAAGGCCAGCUGCCUCAACAAAACAAGGACCUGCAGGGAACACCCCAACCUGUGCCCCCUGGGCAGCUGAGACCACAGCUGCAGCUGAUGCAACGGCAGGAACAAAUACAGGAGCAGCAAGUGCAGGAGCAACAACUGUGGCAGCAACAGCAGAAACUGUUACAAGAGCAGGACCAGUCACAGCAGCAGCAGCACCUGCAGCAGGAACAGUCACAGCAGCAGCAGCAGCACCUGCAGCAGGACCAGUUACAACAGCUGCAGCACCUGCAGCAGAAACAGUCACAGCAGCAGCAGCAGCACCUGCAGCAGGAACAGUUACAGCAGCAGCAGCAGCACCUGCAGCAGGACCAGUCACAGCAGCAGCAGCAGCACCUGCAGCAGGACCAGUCACAGCAGCUGCAGCACCUGCAGCAGGAACAGUCACAGCAGCUGCAGCACCUACAGCAGGAACAGUCACAGCAGCUGCAGCACCUGCAGCAGGAACAGUUACAGCAGCAGCAGCAGCAGGACCUGCAACAGGAACAGUCACAGCAGCAGCAGGACCUGCAACAGGAACAGUCACAGCAGCUGCAGCAGCACCUGCAGCAGGAACAGUCACAGCAGCUGCAGCACCUGCAGCAGGAACAGUCACAGCAGCUGCAGCACCUGCAGCAGGAACAGUCACAGCAGCUGCAGCACCUGCAGCAGGACCAGUCACAGCAGCAGCAGCAGCACCUGCGGCAGGACCAGUCACAGCAGCUGCAGCACCUGCGGCAGGACCAGUCACAGCAGCUACAGCAGCACCUGCAGCAGCACCUGCGGCAGGAACAGUUACAGCAGCAGCAGCAGCAGGACCUGCAACAGGAACAGUCACAGCAGCUGCAGCACCUGCAGCAGGAACAGUCACAGCAGCUGCAGCACCUGCGGCAGGAACAGUCACAGCAGCUGCAGCAGCACCUGCGGCAGGAACAGUUACAGCAGCAGCAGCAGCACCUGCGGCAGGACCAGUUACAGCAGCAGCAGCACCUGCAGCAGGACAAGUUACAGCAGCAGAAGCAGGAGGAACAGUUACAGCAGCAGCACCUACAGCAGGACCAGUUACAGCAGCAGCAGCAGCAGCAGGAGGAGGAGGAACAGUUACAGCAGCAACAGCAGAACCAGUUGCAGGAGCAGCAGCAACAGUUACAGCAGCAAGAGCAGGGCCAGUUGCAGCAGCUGCAGCAGAAACAGGAGGAACAGUUACAGCAGCAGCAGCAGCUGCUGCACCAGCAACAGUUACAGCAGCAGCAGCUGCAGCAGCAAGAACAGUUGCAAGAGCAGCAGCAGCCCCGUCCACUGGAGCCAGAGGAGGAGGAAGAGGUGGAGCUGGAGCUCAUGCCGGUGGACCUGGGGACGGAGCAGGAACUGGAGCAGCAGCGGCAGGAGCUGGAGAGACAACAGGAACAGCGGCAGCUGCAGCUUAAACUGCAGGAGCAGCUGCAGCAGCUGGAGCAGCAGCUGGAGCAGCAGCAGCAGCAGCAGCAGGAGGUGCAGCUGGAGCUGACCCCGGUGGAUCUGGGAGCCCAGCAGCAGGAGGUGCAGCUGGAGCUGACCCCCGUGCAGCCGGAGCUGCAGCUGGAGCUGGUGCCCGCCGCGGGCGGCGGCGGGACUCCGGCCCCGGGCGCUCCCGCCGCGGUCGUGGUGGCCCCCCCGGGCUACGUGGUGCUGCAGGAGCUCAUGGUGUUGCCGGCCGUGGCGGCGCCCGCGGUGGUGGCCAUCCCGGGCCCCGCGGGCAGCGCGGCGCUGACUCCGGCCAGGCAGCGGCGGCGGCGGCGCGCGCGGGACCGGCCGACCAUCUGCGGGGAGUGCGGCAAGGGCUUCAGCCGCAGCACGGACCUGGUGCGGCACCAGGCCACGCACACGGGCGAGCGGCCGCACCGCUGCGGCGAGUGCGGCAAGGGCUUCUCGCAGCACUCCAACCUGGUGACGCACCAGCGCAUCCACACGGGCGAGAAGCCCUACGCCUGCUCCUACUGCGCCAAGCGCUUCAGCGAGAGCUCGGCGCUCGUGCAGCACCAGCGCACGCACACCGGCGAGCGGCCCUACGCCUGCGGCGACUGCGGCAAGCGCUUCAGCGUCUCGUCCAACCUCCUGCGCCACCGGCGCACGCACUCGGGCGAGCGGCCCUACGUGUGCGAGGACUGCGGCGAGCGCUUCCGCCACAAGGUGCAGAUCCGCCGCCACGAGCGCCAGCUGCACGGCGCCGGCCGCUCGCGAGGCCUGGGCCUGCUCCGCGGCUCGCGCGCGCCCACCGGCGGCCCACCGCGCUCCGAGCAGGCGCCCUGACCGGCCGGGACCGGGGCCGGGACCGGGACCGGCGGGGCCGGGCGCGCACGGAGGGGCGGCUGGGGCCGGGGAGGGCGCGGGCUCCUCCCGCCCUGUUCCGUGGCCGCGGGGCCGGGCUUCCCGCGCUCUCCUCGCUUAGCCGAGGGGAGGCCCCGGUCGCACACGGACCCUCGGAAACGCUCCUCGCGCCACCAGAGGAAAGCGAGGAAAGCCGCCGGGGCCGCGCAGCCCAGGUGUUGCGCAUCCGUACGAACGGCGCGCCGCACAGAUUUGUUCCUGGGCGCCGAUCCGAUCCGUGAGGAGGCUGCCAAAGCCCUUUCCCCGGAAAACGGGACUUGGAAGAAGUGAGAGCCACAGGAGAAAACUGCCGGUGACACGUGUGACAGUUGGUGACAUCAGACAUGCAUCGAACACUAACCAGGGAAUCGAAUAUAUGUGGUAAAAUGCACAUGAAUAGGAUUUGGUCCUGGUGAAAAUUUCUUCAAGGAAAAAAAAAUGGGGGAAAAAAGGAAAUGUAUCUGCACUUUGUAGAAAACCGAUCAAGGCGUUAAAUUGUCCUCAAUGGCAUUUGCCUUGAAAGUACUUUCUAGAGUGAAAAUGCCUCAGGGUGGAUAUCAUCCUGGUUAAAAUGUUUGUGUUCCUAAGCACAGGGUCAGAGUGUCCCCUAGGUCAAUGCACAAAUGCCAGGAAGCCCUUCCCUGGGUCGAAGCUAAACCUUCCCCCCUGGGGAUCCCAGGGUUCCAGCGAGUGUGGGAGGCAGGCUCUUGCCCUCUUUGCUGCCAAGGUCCCGCGCCCACGGUGGCCUGGCAGUGUCCUCUUGAGCAGGAGCCUGCGGCCGAAGCAGAGGGCAUUCGAGAAUGCCUCUCCACAGUCCAGUGGAGUGUUCCCCUUGGGGAAGGAGCUCUGAGCUGAGCCCGCCCAGACCUCCCUGGGAUCUGCCAUCUCUGGGCUUCUCUUCUGCUUGUCCAGGGACUAAGGCUAUGGGGUUGGGGCCUUGAGACCCAGGGGCAGGGUUCUCCUGGGCCGGGCUAUGCAGGCCGCUGGCCUGAGCAGAUCCGGCCUCAUCACUGGUGGAGUCAGAGAGAGAAACUGGGGGACAAAGGUUGGAGGCAACAGAAAUGCUUUUUACAACGUUUACAGAAUUGUCUGGGGGUCUGUCCGAGCAUGGGCAAUGUUAAUGCCUGUGGGAAGGCAGGACAGUGGAGGAGGCUGCCCGCCCCUUCUGCCCCAAGUGCUUGCUUCCUGCUCUUGACUUCCCACGUGCGGCUGCUUCGAUGCUGCCCCUCUCUUCGCUCCCUGCUUCUCCUUUACUAACACAGCCUGCGGCAUUUUACAAAUGUGUUGGUUGAGUGAGAAAUAAAAAUUGAAAAAUAAAUUUAAAUGAAGAAA